CAUUUUAUCAGUUCAAUGGGAUAGCCUUCCUCUGAUGAUGAAGAACAGGUAGGCUAGCCUAUAGACGCCAUGUAAACACGGAAAUUGGGCAUUAAAAUUACCACGUCGACGGGAAUUCUAGUCACGUUGUUUCCGCGUCACUAUUUAAGCUCUGCUUCUAACAAUAAUUCAGAGAAGUGAGAUCACAGCGCUCAGACGCCUUUAAAGAAACUCGCGCGUUUAUUCCUCCAGUCAGACUUUGAACACAGUGCUGAAUCCCGACAGGACGCGUAAAGUGUCUAUACUAUCUGAAAUGGCGAAGAAAGAGCAAACCGCCGCUGUCGAGUGCGCGCAACAGUUGCGCAAAAUUGGAGAUCUGUUGGACUGGAAAUAUAAGUUACUAGAAAUUAUAAUCACGCUCCAGAAAGCGCAGAUGGACGGAAAAAGCUGAAAAAGAAGGAAUCCGAACCAACGUACACCUGACAUCUGAAGAGGAUUCAUAAGACGAGGUGCGUCGACGUCGUCUUCCAAAAACAACAAAAAAAUGUUGAACAGGAAUGGCCUUCCGAGACGAAGACAUGGAUAGGAUGGCUCUUGAGGAUAUAGAAACACCGUGGACCUUUCUGUGCUAUUCGAUGCCACUAUUUUUCUCAUAUUUGUCUCUUGACUGUUUCUCUGAGGGGUUUUGAACUGCUGGUCAGGAGGAAGAGAGUCUACAUUCAUCGGGCCGAAUGGCAGAGCUCGCUCGUUUACAACUGGACUUCCUUUUCUAAUAAUUCUGAAUUUAGUAAACAAUAUGAUCUGUAAAAAUAGAAAUGGUGCGAAAUGGAUGUCCUAAUGUAUACAUAUGCGUUUAGGCCUAGUCUAACUGUGGAGCCUAUUUCAUACUUGGGAACCGACUUCAUUUAUCCAUGAAAAAUGAGACCAGAUGGCUGAAAUAAUAAGAAAAAUAAUUAUAAUAAUAACAAAGUGGCUCAGAAAAUGUGUUUCUAAGAAAGAGCUGAGUUGUUUUUAGGAAGCACUGUAGCAUGAGGACCUGCAAUUGUCCUAUUUAGAUUUUAUUAAGUUCCGGAGUUGACUAUUUUAAAGAAAUGUGAAAAAGCAUUUGUAAACUUGUUACAUUUAAAUGCAAAGGUACUUUUUUUGGGUUGUACUAUUUUUUAUUUUUUAUGAUAUAGGCUAUUUGUAAUAUGUAUAUCUAUAAUAACUGAUAGGUAACAUGAUAUUUAUCUAUAACCACAAUGAAACUCUACCUACUGUAGCCUAUAAGCAACUUCCUGUAUAAGCAAAUGGAAUGUUUACUUUCUUACUAAUGUUUUAUGGUGUUUUCUGAAACUAUUGAGACUACAAAAUAAACUGCUUUUACUUGUGUGAUUGGUCCCUCAAA